AUCAGGAUGGAGGCUUGUUAGCGGGAUUUCAAACGGGUAUUACAGUUAAGAUACGAAGGAUUUAAAACAGAAUUGACACAAAAACCCAGGAAGAAUGUUCCCGUGCCCGUAGGGAUUUCGUUGUGGACGACAGCAAAGGAAAGAAGAGCGAGAGCGCGAGCGUCUCCUUUGAGCGAGACUGGACGUUCCGAGCGUGAGCGCGAGAGAAGCAGGCGCAGCAGCGGCACCGCGAGAGGAGGAAAGGAGGAAGAACAGCAGCAGCAGCAGCAGCAGGAGAAGCGGGUACAAUAUACACAUAUAAAUAUAAAUAAGCACGUCAACGGGAUAUUAGUACGCGGCGGAUAGGACACGGGACUGCCGGCGACUUCUCCAGGUGGUGUUUGGCGCUGUGUUUUUUUUACGAUGGAGUGGCAGCCGGAUGAACAGGGGCUGCAGCAAGUACUACAGCUGCUGAAAGAUUCCCAGUCUCCCAACACAGCAACACAGCGUGCCGUCCAGCAAAAAUUGGAACAGCUGAACCAGUACCCAGAUUUCAACAACUACUUGAUCUUUGUGCUGACCAGACUCAAAUCUGAAGACGAGCCCACGCGCUCCCUCAGCGGUCUGAUCCUGAAGAACAAUGUGAAGGCACACUACCAGAACUUCCCUCCUGCUGUAGCUGACUUCAUCAAACAGGAGUGCCUGAACAACAUCGGGGACUCCUCUCCGCUCAUCAGAGCCACUAUCGGGAUCCUCAUCACGACCAUCGCUUCGAAGGGAGAGCUGCAGACCUGGCCUGAACUGCUGCCUCAGCUCUGCAACCUCCUCAACUCUGAGGACUACAACACCUGCGAGGGAUCAUUUGGAGCCCUGCAGAAGAUCUGUGAAGACUCCUCUGAACUCCUGGACAGCGAAGCGCUCAACAGACCUCUGAACAUCAUGAUCCCCAAAUUCCUGCAGUUCUUCAAGCACUGCAGCCCCAAGAUCCGAUCUCAUGCCAUCGCCUGUGUGAACCAGUUCAUCAUUGGCAGAGCACAAGCUCUGAUGGACAACAUUGACACGUUUAUUGAGCACUUGUUUGCUCUGGCUGCGGACGAGGACUCUGAGGUCAGGAAGAAUGUGUGCAGAGCUCUGGUGAUGCUGCUAGAGGUCAGGAUAGACCGACUUAUUCCACACAUGCACAGCAUCAUACAGUACAUGCUGCAGAGGACCCAAGACAGUGAUGAGAACGUGGCUCUGGAGGCCUGUGAGUUCUGGCUCACUCUGGCAGAGCAGCCCAUCUGCAAGGAGGUGCUGAGUGGACACCUGGUGCAGCUUAUUCCAAUCCUGGUGAACGGGAUGAAGUACUCUGAGAUUGAUAUCAUCUUGUUAAAGGGCGAUGUGGAGGAAGACGAAACUGUGCCAGACAGUGAGCAGGAUAUCAAGCCGCGCUUCCACAAGUCUCGCACGGUGACUCUGCAGCACGAGGGGGAUGCGACCGAGGAGGGAGAGGACUUUGACGAAGACGAGGACGACGAUGAUGACGACACGCUGUCCGACUGGAACCUGCGUAAGUGUUCAGCAGCAGCGCUGGACGUCCUGGCCAAUGUGUUUCGGGACGAGCUCCUGCCUCACCUGCUCCCCCUGCUCAAGGAGCUGCUCUUUCACCCUGAAUGGGUCAUCAAGGAAUCGGGCAUCCUGGUGCUGGGGGCCAUCGCGGAGGGCUGUAUGCAGGGCAUGGUGCCCUUCCUGCCGGAGCUGAUCCCUCACCUGAUCCAGUGUCUCUCUGAUAAGAAGGCCCUGGUGCGCUCCAUCGCGUGCUGGACCCUCAGCCGCUACGCUCACUGGGUGGUCAGCCAGCCCCCGGACAGUUACCUCAAGCCCCUGAUGACCGAGCUGCUCAAGAGGAUCCUGGAUGGCAACAAGAGAGUGCAGGAGGCAGCGUGCAGUGCCUUUGCAACACUGGAAGAGGAGGCCUGCACAGAGCUGGUUCCCUACCUGAGCUAUAUCUUGGACACGCUGGUGUUUGCCUUCGGGAAGUACCAGCACAAGAACCUGCUCAUCCUGUAUGACGCCAUUGGCACACUGGCAGACUCUGUGGGGCACCACCUCAACCAGCCGGAGUACAUACAGAAGCUGAUGCCCCCUCUGAUUCAGAAAUGGAAUGAGCUGAAGGAUGAGGAUAAAGAUCUUUUCCCUCUGUUAGAGUGUCUAUCUUCUGUUGCCACAGCCUUGCAGAGUGGGUUCCUGCCCUACUGUGAGCCUGUGUAUCAGCGCUGUGUCACCCUGGUGCAGAAGACCCUGGCUCAGGCCAUGAUGUAUAGCCAGCACCCUGACCAGUAUGAGGCCCCUGACAAGGAUUUCAUGAUUGUGGCCCUUGAUCUGCUGAGUGGGCUGGCGGAAGGCCUGGGGAGCCACGUGGAUCAGCUGGUGGCUCGCAGCAACAUCAUGACCCUGUUGUUCCAGUGCAUGCAGGUACAGGACACAAUGCCGGAGGUCCGUCAGAGUUCGUUUGCACUGCUGGGCGAUCUUACCAAAGCCUGCUUCCCCCAUGUGAAACCCUGCAUAGCGGAGUUCAUGCCCAUCCUCGGCACCAACCUGAACCCAGAGUUUAUCUCAGUGUGCAACAAUGCCACCUGGGCCAUCGGAGAGAUCUGCAUGCAGAUGGGAGCAGAAAUGCAGCCAUAUGUUCAGCUUGUCUUGAAUAAUCUGGUAGAGAUCAUCAACAGACCAAACACACCCAAAACGUUACUUGAAAACACAGCGAUCACUAUCGGCCGCCUGGGGUACGUUUGUCCACAAGAGGUGGCCCCAAUGCUGCAGCAGUUCAUCAGACCUUGGUGCACGUCCUUAAGGAAUAUCCGCGACAAUGAAGAAAAGGAUUCGGCGUUCCGAGGAAUCUGUAUGAUGAUUGGAGUGAAUCCUGGAGGUGUGGUGCAGGACUUCAUUUUCUUCUGCGAUGCUGUAGCUUCCUGGGUGACUCCAAAAGAUGACUUGAGGGACAUGUUCUGCAAGAUCCUCCACGGGUUCAAAGACCAGGUGGGCGAGGAGAACUGGCAGCAGUUCUCAGAGCAGUUCCCUCCCGUGCUGAAAGAUAGGCUGUCCGCGUGCUACGGGGUGUAGCCACGGCAACAGGGGGCACGCGUGUCAGGUAUCGAAUAUGGGACGGUUACAGGGAAACUCACCCAUGUCUACAUAUUACACUGCCCUGUUAUUGUGGGGUUAGGAAAAGAGUUUGUGGGGGGACUGUCUUCACUGCUACCCGUCCACCCCUGUAUCCUGGAUUCAAUCAGGGGGCUUCGACUAAACAAAAUUGUGCUAGGAUACUCCUCAUGGGGGGAGGGGGGGGGGUGUAGUGAUACAAACUAACUUUCUCAGUGGAAGGUAGGGGUGGCAAAAUAAAAGCCACUGUCUUCUGUCUGAACCAAUACAAACACAGGGAUGCACAAGCGAUUCCAAGGGACUAACGAAAUCAACUCUAACCCAUGAGACUUUAAUAGAAGGGGGAUGUUUAUAGUUGAGACAUUUAACACUGAGGUUAAAAAUGUAAAGGUAGGUUUUUAAGGAUAUGAAAUGUAAAGCUCCAUGUUCCAUUGAGUGGGGGGAGGGGGUCUUAAUGCCAGAAGAGAAUAGGGAGUGUACACAAACCAUGAUGAGCUAGAAAAUAAAAAGGCGGUUUUGUCUGUUUUUAUUUCUGUUCCAUGUAAGCCCAACUAACUAGGCACCAACAUGUUUGAAAACACAAGUGAGACUGCGGUUUCUGAAUACAACAAGAACCAUUACGAAUGCAUGGGGACCUUGUUUCAAGUCUAACAAUCCUAUAAGUAGACUUGUACGAUUUAGCUGUCAGUAGUAGCUCUUUAUAUAUAGAAAUCAAGGCUUUUUGCAAUACCUACCACACACGAGAGUAUAUAUAUAUAUAUAUAUAUAUAUAUAUAUAUAUAUAUAUAUAUAUAUAUAUAUAUAUAUAUAUAUAUAUAUAUAUAUAUAUAUAUAAAAAAUAUUAUAAAAAAAAAAAAAAUUAAAUGAGUUGACCAAGACAAAGUGAAUUUGAGGGGGGGGGUUAUUGAUGGCCAUAGUUUCUGUAAACCGAUAAUACUGUAAUAAUGAACCAUGAUUUUUGUUUAGUUUUGUUUUAGAUAUAAAUGGUCCUCGAUCUACGCUGUUUUUGCAAGAUUGAUUUAUUAAUUCUCGUUUUUUGUAUUUGUGACAUUGCUGCUGCGUUUCCUCCAGUUUCCUUUUUCUGUAGUAAAACAAUCCUGUUUUCAUCGAAACAAAUACAUAAAUCAACACAAAUAGAAGGGAUCUUGAUUAACAAUUUAAAAUAGAAAGGACUGGUAGAUUUAUUUAAGAUGAAUUUCAAAAGUCAAGAGGCUGAAAAUAAUACAAAAAAUAUGUGUGAUCUCUGCAUACUUCCUUUUAAACUGAGUUAGUGGUUCCUGUUGUGUUUGUUGGGUCCAGACUAAACUUGUAUUCGCCCCGCCCUGUGUGGCACAAUAUGCAAUCUCUGCAUACUUCAUUGUCAGCUAAUCUCUCAAGUGUGAGCUUACUUGUUUAGUUUAAAUGCUAACUGCUAUUUGGAGAAUUGGAAACAUUUUGUUUUUAUAAAAAAAAAAAAAAUCAUUUAUACAUUUAAUUUAUUUUUUUAUUUAUUUAUUUUUUGUUAAUUUGCGCAAAUGUGUGAUGCACAUGAACUUUUUUUUUUGUUUACUUUUUUUAUAGCGGACCAUUUCAUUAGAUGUGUAGGGCAGGGGUUGCUGGGUGGGGGGGUAUGAAUCCCAGUGUGUUGUGUGUGUUGGGGUUGUGUUUUUUUUUUUUUUUUGCAAAGUCUGCUUUUGAAAAAAACUAAUGUAGCAGCAUCCUUCACUGUGGUGCAGGUUAUCUGCUUUACCUGUAUCAGACAUGUUUGUAAAAUUCAAACCUGUAGAAUGAAACCCUGAACCCUUCUCAGAGAUGGGAAGGGAGAGGCUGCUUCCCCCAAAAAAUAAAAGGCAACCAAGUUUAAAAAAAAAAAUAAAGCAAGCUUCUGUUUUUCUGGUUAUAAACAUCUUUUGCGUCUAGUUUUAAAAUCUAAACGACUCUGGACCAUAAUACCAGAAACCCAAACUUGUGCGAGGAGAAUGCCAGCAGGAUUACAGGGAUGGAAAUAAGGCUUCCAUUGUUAAGCAAUUUGAUCCAUUCCUGGUUUUAAUGCAAGUUUAAUUGCAUACCUGAGCUUGUUCCCUCAUACACCGGGGCUAAGUGGACUAAUUUUAAAACCUCGAAAGGGUGAAUCUGCUGUGCAGUAUUAUUUCAGUUCGUCUUAUUUCCAUCCUUGAAUUUAUUAUAAUUAAGGAUGGUGGUACUUGGAUCCACUACUGCUUAGAUCGUUAAAAUAGACCCUCAUUGUGUCUCUCCAACAGCUAGGGGUUGCACCUGUUGAAUCUGCUGCAUAACUUGACUUCUCUAAUUGAAACUGUUGAAAUUCAUCUUUGGUGUUAUCUCCUGAGAGACUGCAGAUUGUCAAACCUGUGUGUGUGUAUAUAUAUAUAUAUAUAUAUAUAUAUAUAUAUAUAUAUAUAUAUAUAUAUAUAUAUAUAUAUAUAUAUAUAUAUAUAUAUAUAUAUAUAUAUAUAUAUAUAUAUAAAUAUAUAUAUAUAUAAAUAUAUAUAUAUAUAUAUAUAUAAAUAGCAUAAUAUUGUUUUGUUUGUUGCUAAAACCAUUUUUCCAGCAAGUGUGAUUUUAUAUAUGGAAAGUCUUUAAAAUACAAAAUACAGCUCCCCUUUUAGUUGUACUUGACUUAUUCUUCCUGUUUGCUACCAAUCCUCCCUGGUUCAUUCUUAAAUGCAUUGUGACCACUGCCCAAAUUUUGAAGGUGAACUGCUCUGCGGGAGAUGGCAUUAUUUAAUCCAGUUGUCUGCUCACAACACUGGUUAUACUGCUUGUGGAAAAAUGGCUUAUAAAGUAUUGUGAGCAAACCUUCCUCCCUCCCAGUCCGCCUGUCAGUGAAGGCUAGUCUGUGCAGCCUGUGGUCAGACUGCCCGAGUGCAAACUGUCACCAAGCGUUCACCCCCACAAAUGUGUGAAACUUUAAGAAAGCACGCAGCCCUCUGCACAGCAUUGCCCAGUACAUGUGUUGAAUGUGUGGAUGUAUUUGUUUUGCCUGGGAUGGGGUUGUAUGGUCAUGUCUUACCAAACUUCAUAUGAUUUUUCUGUGAUUUCUUAUAAUGGCUUUUAAAAAAGAAUCAAACCUCAUCAGAAUAACCUUCAACAAAGUCUUAAUAUUCUGUUUUUUGUGUUGGAGGCUUGAUGUUUCAUUCCUAUUUUUCCUUCUACAACACUAUACAUUUUGAAGGUCAAGCUUAGUUCCUGUGUUGCAGGAUAUAAAAAAAAAGUUUUUUCCAAAGCAAAUUUAUAAUUUGUUUUUGAGGCAUUUAUUUUUUUUAGCAAGAGCUUACAAUCCACUUGCGUUACAGAAUCGCUAUAGAAUUAAGUACAACGACACAUUCUACACUUGGUGUAACUUUUUAUUCAAAAUAAAUCAUUAAUUCAUAGAGCUGAAUCGGUGAUUUUAAAGUAAAUGCGGAAUAGGGCAUACAAUAACAACCUUUCUCUGCUUUUGAAACACACUUUGUUUUGGUGUAUGCAGGAACCUGCCCCCACAGUGAUGAAAACAAAGGGAUGGGUUCCUGUGAUUUUUAUAACCUGUAAUAAACAGGCUUGUCAAACUACACUUCUGAUAGGAGAAGGCAUUAGCAGUCUAAACUCUUGCUUUCUUUAAACGCAGCACUCCUGAAUUGAGAGCCAUUGAAAAGUAAUCCACUCUGCAAUGCAGUCUAUAUAAACCAAUUCGUAUUUUAAAUACCAGGCACACUAGCCUGUUUCAGAAUCUUUAAUUGUGUAAUACUAGAGGGGGAGAGAGAAAUACACCCUGCCUCCAGAAAUGUUUUAAAUGUAGCCUAAAUGUACUGACAUGCAUUUUUUGGUGAGUAUACUUGCCCAUUUUUUUCCUUCAGAUUUGUUAAACAUGUAUUCUGUGUGAUUGAUUGGAUUUGAAAUUUCCCCCUGGAUCUGUGUGUUUGACAGCCCUGUUGUAUGUAGAGGCUACUGCUCUUGGGGCCUGGUUUGAGUCGUCUGAUGUAUUUUUGUAAAUGUGACGUACAAAAAUGUUUCCUAUGGUAAAUCUGCAGUGUGUGUUGAUCAGUGUAACAGUGACUGCUUGCACCUUGCCAAAAUGAGUAUUUUCUCAUUUUUUGUUAAUUUUUUUGGUGUUUUCAUUUAUUGACUUAAAACAAACAAAAAAAAAUCUUGUGAAUCCAGUUUA